GUGGGCUCUUCCGCACGCAGAGAAUGUUGUGACAGAAAGUUACAAGACGUCGCGCAGCAACAGCGGUGACAAAGGAGUGUGAACGUUCGAAAGGAAACAGAAUGUGCGGAAUUUUUGCCUACCUCAACUACCAUGUUCCCCAGACUAGAAGAGAAAUUAUUGAAACCUUGUUCAAGGGACUGCAAAGACUUGAAUACAGAGGUUACGAUUCUGCAGGCAUUGGGAUUGAUGGAGGAAAUAAUAAAGAACGUGAAGACCAAGGGAAGCAAAUCUGUAUCAUUAAAAGGAAUGGGAAAAUAAAGACAUUGGAAGAAGAAGUGAACAAACAAGAAGAUGUGGACUUUGAUAUUGAAUUUGAAACUCAUUUUGGUAUUGCACAUACCCGUUGGGCCACACAUGGUGUUCCAAAUUUUGUCAAUAGCCAUCCUCAGCGAUCAGAUAAGGACAGUGAGUUUAUCGUCAUUCACAAUGGCAUCAUUACAAACCACAAGAAUCUGCGGAAGUUCCUGGAAAGCAAAGGGUAUGAGUUUGAGUCUGAAACGGAUACAGAGUCUAUUGCAAAACUGGUCAAAUACGUAUACGAUAACAGCGAGAAUGAGAACAUCAGCUUUGCCACCGUAGUAGAGAGAGUCAUCCAGCAGCUGGAAGGAGCAUUUGCCUUAGUUUUCAAGAGUAUUCACUUCCCCGGGCAAGCUGUCUGCACCAGACGGGGAAGUCCUCUGAUGAUUGGCGUGAGAAGUAAUCACAAACUCUCUACAGAUCACAUACCAAUUCUGUAUCGUACAUGUAAAGAAGUGAAGACAAACUGUCUAGUCCCUCGCACCGAUGGUACCUCUUUAUAUCCGGUUGGGGAAGAGAAGGCAGUGGAGUACUACUUUGCUUCGGAUGUCAGCGCUGUCAUUGAGCACACGAACCAGGUGAUUUUCCUGGAAGAUGACGAUGUGGCAGCGGUAGUCGCGGGCUGUCUUUCGAUUCACAGGGUCGAGCGCACGGCAAGUGACUGCCCAGCGCGUGGGAUCCAGACACUGCAAGUGGAGCUGCAGCAGAUGAUGAAAGGAAGCUACAGUUCCUUUAUGCAGAAAGAAAUCUUUGAGCAGCCAGAAUCAGUGGUGAACACCAUGAGGGGAAGAGUCAACUUUGAAAAUAACACAGUGAUCCUUGGUGGAUUAAAGGAUUCAAUUAAGGAAAUCAGAAGAUGCAGGCGCUUACUAAUUAUUGCUUGCGGAACAAGUUACCAUACAGGACUGGCGACGCGGCAAAUCCUGGAGGAGCUGACGGAGCUGCCAGUCACGGUGGAACUUUCUAGCGAUUUCCUGGACCGCAGUACGCCCGUCUUCCGGGAUGACGUGUGCUUUUUCCUCAGCCAAUCAGGUGAAACUGCAGACACUUUAAUGGCCUUGAGAUACUGCAAAGGAAGACGAGCCCUGACUGUCGGCAUCACCAACACGGUGGGCAGCUCCAUCUCCCGAGAGACAGACUGCGGCGUCCACAUCAAUGCCGGACCAGAAAUCGGCGUGGCAAGUACAAAGGUUUACACCAGCCAGUUUGUAGCUCUGGUAAUGUUUGCCCUCAUGAUGUCCGAUGACCGAAUCUCCAUGCAAAAGAGGCGGCAAGAGAUCAUUCAGGGUCUCCAGACUCUGCCAGACCAAAUAAAGGAAGUUCUGAGCUCAGACGAGGAGAUCCAGAGAUUAGCGAGUGAGUUGUAUCAGCAGAAGUCUGUGCUCAUUAUGGGCCGUGGUUAUCAUUAUGCCACUUGCCUGGAGGGGGCGUUGAAGAUUAAGGAGAUUACCUUCAUGCACUCGGAGGGAAUCUUGGCUGGAGAGUUGAAACAUGGGCCCCUGGCACUAGUGGAUCAUCGGAUGCCAGUCAUCAUGGUGAUUAUGAGGGACCCCACGUUUGUCAAAUGUCAGAAUGCGUUGCAGCAAGUGGUGGCACGUCAGGGGCGGCCCAUCCUGAUCUGUGAGAAGAACGACGAGGAGACGGUGAAGAAUGCCUACCGGGCAAUCAAGGUUCCCCACACAGUGGAUUGCCUGCAAGGGAUCCUCAGUGUUAUCCCUCUGCAGCUUCUAGCCUUCCACCUUGCUGUCCUUAGAGGCUAUGAUGUGGAUGACAACAAGCGACUGAGGAAGGUUGAAGCAGAUUACGUGCCUAUGUGAGUCGGGAAUUUACGCUAUAGCUGAAGACUGCGCCAACUAUUUGGAAGCCUAGCUCUCCUAAUGGAAGGAGGAGCAAUGUACAUGGACUGUGCACAAAGUUUACUCUUAAUUUGGAUUAUUGGAUAAUGGGAAUUCUUUUUUUUUGUCAAAGGUAAAUAACAAUUAUCGGAAGUAUACUGACUUGGACUCGUUUGGGACAAUUCAGUACAGAAUAAUUUUCUAGUCAAUUAUUUCUUCAUGCCUAGGACUUUUCCAAAUGCUUUUUCAUAUUAAAUUGUUUAGCCACAGA